AUGUCCAAGCAGCAUCCAGAAGAGUUCCUCAACUACCUCCAGCAGGCAUGGAAACGCGACAAGAUCUACGCAAAGGAGAAUCCAGACUCCAUGUUCGAUAUCAAGGCCAUCAGAGUCCUCUGCCAAGAUGGAAAGUAUAGGCCUUUGGGGAAUUCGUACAUCCCGCUGCCUAAGCUGCAUUACCUCCGGAAUCGAUAUAUGCUGGAAGGCGAACCUUUUCCGUUUCUCAGACUCGAUCCGCCAAUUCGAUCUGAAGGAGGUUUCGGACAGUGGCGGUGUCUCAGGGCCUUUGCCAAGUAUCAUGAUGAUCUGGAAUUUUUCCUCGAAAUGUUGAUACGAGUUCGACGAUCAAAAGCAUCAACUGUCGAGUUUCCCCGGAGAAUCCUGGAGUUGUAUCUCCGAAUCCAAGCAGAGUGUGAAGACUCCAAGGAUCCACAGAUGAGCCAGCAGAAAGUCAGGCAUGUAUUCGAGAAAGAGCAGUUGGUGUAUGUCCACCCAAUAUGGAGACCUCUGAGUGAAUGCUUGUUGGAUGACAUGUGCGAGAUAGCGAGUACACUCUCAAAGUCGCCUGUCUUUCCGGUUCCUUCAGAUUGGGACGCGAGCAAGUCAGAGCUUGUAUCACUCAGAGAAUUCUACACACAGACAUUACACCUUCAAAAUGCCAGUUACAGAACAAUCGUGGACGUGCUGGACAAGCGUGACUUUGAUGCAGAACUCGACCCAGCAGAUCUUUGGUUAACAGAUGAGCUGUACCGUGCUUUGGAUAAGAUGAGGCACGAGCUUACACCUGAGGAGGCUGCUGAUCUCAAGUCUUGCUUUGCUGAGAAGCCCAUUCUUGCCGUGGCUCCUGGUGAAACAGUGGUCUGGGUCAACUCGAGCCAGUGUUCCUGGUCCCCCAAACUCGAAAGCCCAGAUAUCAACGACCUAAGCAAACACUACACUGAGUUACACGAAUUCUUUGUCAAUUUUCUCGACAUCGAACAGAACGAUGCAGGGUUGAUCUUCGACACUCUAAUGAACGUAUCAUCCCUGAGCCCCGAUUGUUCGCGUGACGACACAGCCAGAGGUCUCUUAGUCGCAGUCAGUCAGAGGAUACCCGAAUACGGUCACAUCUUCGACAAGGAGAGAUUUUCCCACAGCAAUGUCUUUCCUGUGUCAACUGCAGAUGGUGUUUUGCUCUGUGCUUCAAGUAUGGAGUUUUCAAUAGCCGACCGUCAGAAUCUGAAAGAGGCUUUCACUGGGAAGCUGAACCUACUCGACUUUGACCCCAAGACAAUAUGGAUGCUCGACAAUCUACUUGUUUGGGCUGGCCUGGAUCAACGCUAUCUAUCCCGUCAUGUAGAAGACCAAGGGCCUGCCGACGAGAAUUUCAAAUCAAUUGAGCUACCAGAUGAGCUUUCAUCCAAGGCUGAGCACAUCCUUCGCAUCGCUGUUCACUUCCGAAGUCCUAGAGCAACCACACCGAAAGCCACAUCAUGGUUACGGGAAACAUUAGAACACUCCGAAGUCCGUCUUGCGUCUGGUUUCCAAUCACAACUCGUGUACCGUUCGGGCAGCGCUGAAAUAACCGCUGUAAAUCCAAUGGGUGGACUCGACAUUAAAGACACCGUUGGACUUGUUGUUUAUGCCGAUGACGAGAAUUGGGAGAUUUUGAAACAGACAACCCUCCCGCACCGUCUGCUUGAAUGGAUGAUGACCAAUCCCGACACAAAUACCACUGCAACAGUGCCCGAACAGGCUGUGAGCCUCAUCAGAAGUGUUCUAAACGUAUCAAACGGCCGCGAGCAUGUAAUCUCAAAGAUUCUAGAUGCCGAAGGAAUCGUAGAUUUGGAAUUGUUACAAGCCUCACCGUAUUGGAGAGUGAACAGUGAACGUGUCCCAGAUGCUACCAUCACCCCAACAAAGGCGGACAGAUUCCCGCCUGCUAAAACCUUGGACGAUGAGCCAUCAGCCUCAGAUCCAUCACCAGCAUAUACGAGAGGGAACUCGACAUACACGAGAGACACAAAAGGAGAACCAGCCUAUAGUAAAGAGGACCCCAACGACAUCACACAUGACUCGCCCAGAGAAAGACUCCCGGUUUCAAAACGAGGCCUGGAAAGAAAACACUCGGAGAAAUCGACAUGGGAACCAGAGUUUGGCACAACCGAAGCCACUCUGGUUGACUUUUCAGGCGAAGACGUAUACGGCAUAGAUUGA